ACAUAUUGACUUUAUUUACAUUUUCAUUCAUUUAUUUUUCGGUUUGUCUUGAUAAGUGAUAAUUAUCAAUAAAUUCUUGUGCAAACAUAGAAUGGCCACAAGUGUUACAAAAAUGCAAGUCCUAUCGAUCUACAAAAAUCUGUUGCGGGAGUCGCAAAAAUUCGCAAACUAUAACUUCAGAUCGUACGCGCUACGCAGAGUCAGAGAUGCCUUUAAAGCCAAUAAGACAUUGUCAGACCCCAAGCAGAUCCAGAAAGAAUACCAAUUUGCUAAGGAAAACCUUGCUAUCAUCAGACGCCAAGCAGCAAUCGGAGACAUGUACCAGACAGAGAAACUAGUUAUCGAGAAUGUGCGGUAGAACAACUUGUAAGACAAGUUACGUUAUUCACUCAAGUUAUAUCAACAGAGAAAAUAGUUAGGCUGCCUUACCACUGAGGCAGAGAUGAGAGGAUGAGAGAUAUGCAGGAAUCAACCAACAACAAUUCAUUACAAUUACAAUACUAUUGAAAUUACAAUAGCAUAGAUUGUAAUUCAGCGGAGCAGAAAAAAAAUUGGAUUACAACAAAUACUAUUGGUUUAUUCCUGCACAUGUCCUCUCAUCUUCGCUCAUCAGUGACUGAACUAUGCUAACUCUGCACCAACUUUGACGUGACAAAGUGGGGAGGUGCCAUAAUUAAACUGACACUAUUAUACUUUUUUCAGUCUGUGACUCUGUGCAGAGUUAGCCUGGUCCUUGGUGGUAAAUCUAUUAAGAAUAUUCAGUAAAAUCACAAGUUGUAAGACACUUUAGUCAAGAUAAGUUAUAUUGGACAUAAAAUUGAAUCAAAAGGUAUAUUGGGGUAAUUACAAAAAUGGAGUAAUUUUUAAAAUCAUAAAUAUGGACUAAGUGAGCUGUAGACCUCAGGAGCACAACUUAAAACUGAUUAAACCUACGACUCCGCCAUUUUGAAAAAAAAAACCAAAAUCUGAAUUAACUAAACCUGCUCAUAAAAUUUCUCUUGAUUCGGUUGAGAAUUACGACCUGUAUGACGUAUGAUCUGUACACUUUUUUUUGUUGGACAGAAUUAAGUACUUCUUCGAAUGACAAUUAAGAUAUUUCUACCUCAUGUACCCUUAUUCCUGAAGUCAAUAAUAAGUCUCCAAGUCUAACAAGUAGAAUAAUAUACUUUUCACAGCACCUAUUCGGAAAAGGGCUUUUUCUUCCCCGCUAGGACGGAUCUAAGUGGCACUUUUCCUCCCGGCUAGGCGGGAUCAAAGUAGCACUUUUCUGUUCUAGCCCACUAUUUUUACAUUUUUAUGCACAUUAUUUUUUUAGCUUAAAUAAUCUGUUUAAGCAUCAGAUUGUGUCAACACUAAGAUUUUUUUAUUUUCCUCAUAGUUGAUGUGAAAAGCAGUAUGUGUCACACGGUAUCAAAAUUAUUUAUCCUUGGGCGUUAACACUUGAAUCCCUCAUUACGCUCAGGAUUCUACUUUAGAAUCCCUCACUACGUUCGGGAACUCCUCACUACGUUCAAUGUACGCCCUUGACGGAAAUAUAUCAUUUUGAUCCCUUGUAACACAAACUACUAUUAAUAACCUAACAUAAUAGCGGCUGAACAUCAUGAAAAUCCAUUGUGAUAGCAUACGCAGUGCAAGUGUUACUAAACGUCUAACUUCUAUGUAAUUAUGACGUAUAAAUAACACUUGCACUGCGUAUGCUUUCACAAUCGUUGCAGACUUUUCUUGGUCUAACUCUAACUUGAUUUUAGUUUUCUUUAAAUAAAAA